AUGCACAAGGCGCAAAAUAUCGAAAAUGAGACCGUCCUAGUCGAAGAGGUUGUCCGAGAUUUUGAUAAGAAUGAAGUUUUCGAGGAGAUAACCGCCAAGUUUACCUGGGAACAAGAUGUUGAGCGGUCAUGGAACCUGCUGGUGGAGAACAACGGUAUUCUGCAGCACGUCAGUCAAGAAAACUAUGAAGAAAAAUGUAAACAAAAAUAUAAGAAGAGUCAAAUCUGCGCUCUGAGGAAAGGGAUAUUUAGGCAUAUCAUCAUCUUGUUCGACAUGUCCAGCAGCAUGAAGGACAGGGACUUCAAGCCUGACCGGAUAAAUGUCGUCCUCGAGUGUGUGGAGAACUUCCUGACGAACUUCUUCUUCAAGAAUCCGGUAGGGCAUGUCGGAGUGGUGGCCCUGAAAAACAGCUGCGCAAAAUUAAUGCAGCCGCUGACUUCCAACAUGGACGACAUUAUGGACGCACUGCGCAAAGAGAGAAGUAUGGGUCUCCAGGGAUCCCCCUCGCUACAGCAGGGACUCGAAAUUGCACACGACUUAUUGAUAGACGUCCCACUCUACGGAACGAAAGAAAUUCUAAUCAUAUAUGGGUCGAUAAGAACAUGCGAUAAGAAGAAUAUUCUGAACAUUCUAAACCUAAUAGUAAAAAAUAACAUUCAUGUGAACUGCGUGUCCAUUGCUCCAGAAAUGCACAUACUUAAACAUAUCUGUGAAGAGACAAAUGGAGCUUACAAGAUAUGCAUGACGAAAAACUCACUCAUGAACGAAAUGAAUAAUGUCACGGAGACACCACUGUGGAUGAUUGGAAUGGAACCGCAGCUUAUUCAUAUAUGCUUUCCUAUAAAGAAAAAAAUUAACACACAGAUCAUGUGUUCCUGUCACAAUCAUUUAAACACCGAUACAUAUAUUUGUAACGUUUGCAACAGUUACACUUGUAAGAUACCAUCCAAGUGUAAGGUGUGUGGGGUGCAUUUAAUUUCGAUGCAUGACUUGUCCCACAUUACGAACAAUCUUCAGGGAUCCCCACUUUUUGUUGAAAAUAAGAACGAGGAGAAUGGGCCCAGCGUGUGCGUUUCGUGCAAUAAGCAGCUCUACGAUAAAGUGUCCCAGUGCUCAAAGUGCAAACAUAUUUUCUGCCUCGGCUGCGACUUGUAUAUUCAUGAAGACUUGAACCAGUGUCCCUUUUGCUUGAUCCUCGAUACGUGA